AUAACAAUAUUACAGUAAAUUGCAACUAUUGCAAUUUAAAUUUUGCAAAGUUUUAGUAAUAUUAGGUGACGAAAGACAUGUUAACGGUGGUUAAUGGAUUAUUUCCGUUUUUAUCACAUCGUAACAAAUUGAGAUACACAUCACCAACAUCAGAUUACGGAUACGGUUUUAACUUUUAGAAUCCAAUACUUCAUACCGUAGGGAUACAGUAAACAUCAAUAUUGAUCAAUACAAACAGUAUGAGUUGUAUGACUUGUAUGUGUGUAUAAUAAUAUAUUAGCAUAGGUAUUUGUUUUAAAUGAAUUACGAUCAUAACGUUUUUGUUUUUCAAUCGCAAACAAAUUAAUUGAUCAGCAUUUAUACACACCACGUAUUCUACCAACUACCGUUGCCACAUCUUAAUGUUAACGUUUUGUUGAUUCGUAUAAAAUACACAGUUCUAAACAAUAGUAAACGAAAGAAUUAUGGCACCCAAUACGUCGACAGCUACACGUCGUCUGAAACAAGACUAUUUACGACUUAAAAAUGAUCCAGUGCCACAUUUAAUCGCUGAGCCAAAUCCGUCUAACAUAUUGGAAUGGUAUUAUGUAGUAAGUGGACCUGACGAUUCGCCAUAUGCUGGUGGUCAUUAUUUGGGAAGGUUAGUUUUCCCAGAAGAAUUUCCAUUUAAGCCACCCAGCAUUUACAUGAUCACUACUAAUGGCAGGUUCAAAACAAACACUCGUCUGUGUUUGUCUAUAAGUGAUUACCAUCCAGACACAUGGAACCCAGCAUGGAGCGUAUCUACUGUACUCACUGGAUUGCUUAGCUUUAUGCUGGAAAAUCAAAGAACAUUUGGUAGUUUAGAUAUGACUGAUUACGAGAGGCGGCAAUUGGCUGAUCAAAGCUUAGAGUCAAUUGUACGAGACGAACAUUUUUGUGAACUAUUUCCUGAACUUAACACGAAAAUACAAAAAGAAAUUGAGAAACGAAAUUUGGCUAAAGCUAAAGAAGAGCAGUCAUCAAUUGUGGAUGGUAGCCAACUUGAAAACAAUGUUCUUCACCCUGUUGUUAGCAAUAUUCUUAUGGUAGUCGGCUUUGCACUUUUCAUUUACUUGGUCAGAUAUGUUCUGUCUAACAUGAAAAUUGAGUGAAAUUUCCUACUCAUUCUCCUUAUUUAUAAAAAAUUAAAUUAAUUUUAAGUUUUAAAUAAAAUAUGAGUUUUAGUCAUAUGGAUAAAUAUAAUUUAAUCACACAUUGAAAAUUACUGGUUACAACAAUUAUUUAUUUAAAUUAUUGAUAGAAUGAACAACAGUUUUAAUCCUAAAUUUUUUUUUAUCAUC